CGGAUCAACCACUUUUUCUUUUUACGUUUAUUUUACUGUCAUGUCUGUCAAGUCUCUACCAAGAUUGCAAGGCAAGGUCGCUAUCGUCACCGGUGCUGGAGGCGGUAUCGGACGAGAGUCUGCUAUCCUCUUCGCUCGCGAGGGUGCCAAGGUUGUGUGUGCGGAUAUCAACCUUGAAGGCGCACAGGUUACGGUUGACAAGAUUACAGAGCUUUUUGGAGAGGGAAACGCGAUUGCAUUCAAAGCUAACGUUGCCAAGGAAGAGGAGGUCAAGGCGCUAGUGGAUGCUGCUGUUGAAAAGUAUGGCAAGUUGAACGUCAUGUUCAACAACGCUGGCAUCAUGCACCCUGCUGACGAUAACGCUCUCAACACCGAGCAAAGUAUUUGGGAUUUAACUAUGGAUAUCAAUGUGAAGGGUGUUUGGUUCGGAUGCAAGUACGCUAUCUUGGCUAUGCGCAAGUGUGGUGGUGGUUCCAUCAUCAACACUGCAAGCUUUGUGGCCAUCAUGGGUGCCGCAACGCCUCAAUUGGCAUAUACCGCAUCCAAGGGUGCUGUUUUAGCCAUGACUCGUGAGUUAGCCAUGGUUCACGCGCGAGAAAACAUCCGUUUCAAUUCUCUAUGCCCUGGCCCUAUUCGUACUCCUCUCUUGAUGGAUUUCCUCAAUACACCUGAGAAGAAAAACAGACGUUUGGUUCAUGUUCCUAUGGGAAGAUUUGGUGAACCAAUUGAGCAGGCUCAAGGCGCACUCUUCCUUGCUUCUGACGAAAGUAGCUUCGUAACCGGUACAGAUUUCAAGGUAGAUGGUGGACUUUGCGCAGCAUAUGUUACUCCUGAAGGCGAACCCGUCGGUGAAGCCCCAAAGAACUUUGUUGCAUAGAUGUGUAGCAACUAUAAAUUGAAAAUAAAUGGAUAAUUACGGAUGUUCAAUGACACAUACUUCAACCUGCUCAGCAUAAGUCUCUGGUUGGUGCCCAUGGUGUUGGACCAGAUCAGUCGUGUCAGUCACGUGCAGCAAGCAACCCAAAAAAGUACGUGGCGAGGU